CGUGUGGAUCACAAAUCACUAAAUUCCCCCUUAAUUUAGAUUAUUAUAAUUUUUAAAAAUAAAUUAAACAUAUAUAAUAAUAAUUAUUUUUAUCACAUUAUUCAUUCUCAAACUCGGAUUCUCCAUUUCAGAGUUUGAGAUUUAAGACUCAAACGCGAAAGAGGGAGAGUCAAGACUCUUCCUCUUCUCGAUUUUUCUCGUUGAAAGAUGGCUGCAAAGAAAUUUGUUGUUGAUUUGAAUAAGCCUCUUGUUUGUCAGGUUGGGCAUCUUGGUGAAGAGUAUGAAGAAUGGGUUCAUCAACCUAUUAUGGGUAAGGAAGGUCCUCGUUUCUUUCAUAGCGGUGUCUUGGAGGUAUUAACCCGAACGGCUUGGUGGGUGAUUCCGAUUGUUUGGGUACCGGUUGCAUCAUGGUUCAUUUAUAACUCUUUUAGAUUGGGACUCGAUACUCCUCGCCUACCUCUUUUUGUGCUUCUUGGCAUUUUUGUAUGGACAUUGGCCGAAUACUUGUUGCACCGGUUUCUUUUCCAUGUUCAGACUAAGAGUUAUUGGGGGAAUACAUUGCAUUAUCUUCUUCAUGGCUGCCAUCAUAAGCACCCCAUGGAUAGCUUAAGACUUGUUUUCCCACCGGCUGCAGCCGCUAUAAUAGCCUCCAUGAUCUGGUCCAUAGUGAAGCUUGUAUCCACUCCUUUAGUUGCUCCUGCUGUGUUUGGAGGCAUUUUGUUGGGCUAUGUGAUGUAUGAUUGCACACAUUACUACUUGCAUCAUGGCCAACCGAAGAGUGAUGUUCCCCGUAGUCUCAAGAAGUACCACUUGAAUCAUCACUACCGGGUCCAGAGCCUUGGCUUUGGCAUCACCUCACCACUAUGGGAUAAGGUUUUCGGAACGGUUCCUCCUCCAUCAAAGGCGGAUGCCAAACGUAGAUAAGUAACAUUUGAGGUUGCAUUUGUUCUGGUUAAUUAUAGCAAAUUGAAGAGUUCAAACAAAAAAGGUCAAGAAUCCAUGCUUGUGAUUGUCUAAUUUUCUUUGCUCCUUUGAUUUUUUUUGAGGGUUAGCGUGCCAUCUUGUGUUGAACAUUAUGUAAAAAUCGAUAACGUGUAUCAAAUUUAUUUAGUAGAUAAACUCUGCUGCCUGUGCCCAA